AAAAAUAUUUAGCUCUUCAUGCUGACUCUGACAAAAUGUUUCUUUUUCGUUGGCCUUCUUGUUGUUUUUUGCUGGCUUUUCAUAACACGGCCUGUGGGUGGGUGGAAUAUGACGACUCGGAAAUCAUAUGCUCACAGGGUCUCUCUGAGUGCACAGUGGCGGCUGAGUUGCCGCUCGGCAUCCUGGAGAGCGAUGCAGCGGAUGUGCGGAAGGUGACAGCAAAAGUGGAGCUUUGCUGCAAGGACACGGCGGCGUGCAAGUUUUGUCUGUUGAUUGGAGCUGAACUCGCCAUCCAUGUGACUGAAGACGUGGCGAAAAGGCUCCAGUCAAGUUCUGACACUGAAAUGGACGCAACAAUGUCAAUAGCAGCAUCCGUGACGUUAUGUUACAAAACGCCACCGACUUUUCCAGCAUGCAAGAAAGUGGCCUUCAAAGUCAAUCCUACAAAACAGAAAGUUGCAAAUGUAUCUUUGGUGAUUACGAAUCCAUCUGGAGUUACCUUCGGCAGUAUUGUGUACGUUUAUCCUUCCAAAGAGAUGCAUCCCAUUGGAGAAGUAGUGGCUCCUUCUCUCAAUGAAGUUUGCUCCCAAAACCUGCAGAUAUCCAUCAAAGAGUGUUACGUGCCCACAGUCAGCAGUGUAAUUAACCAGAAAGGAAAUCAAGUGGAGCUGAUUUUUGCCAGAAGGACCCAAGUGUGCCUCCAGUAUGAAGAAGAUGGAAGAUGCCAGGUCAGCGUUGCACAACAGACUAUUUGGAAGCGUAAAACCAUCCCACUGUACUCUGUGACCCCCUGCUUGUGUCUCCAGGUUUGGGAUGAUGACGACGACAAGCCGAGACGCUCUCUGAGCUGCCCCUUUAAAAAGACAGGGUUCCUUCAGAAGAACAUAUGGCAAAACCUGACUGUCUCUGUGGGUCAAGGCCGAAUGAACGACAAGGGGCAGAUGCUGCUGUGGAACUUCUCUGCCCCCUGUAGGCUGGAGGGGGAAGUGUGGCCCUGUGGGUGGAAUGGGGGUCACCAGUGCACUGAGAUUGAAGGCUUUCGGCAGCAGCUGGAGAACACAACAUGGGAGCAAAACAGGAAGAACCAAUGGGUGAGAUUAGGUGUCUUUGAAUACAUCAAUCUGCAGCUGUCACCAUGUGUGAUGGUGCAUUUAAAGAGAGGGAACCUUCAACUGGGACCGUUCUGCUAUCGUCAAACGGCCAGGUGGCGCUGGAAUCUGCUGGCCGUGGCUGGUUUGUUGGUGAUCACUUUGACAGCACUCAUGUUGUGUCUUCUCCAUAACUUUGUUAAGAAAUUGGCGAGCCGAUCUUUCCAAAGAGGAUGUAUGCAGAUUGGCAGAAAAGGUCACAUAGUCCUCCUGAGUCCGCCAGAUGUACGCGACGGCGUCUCCGAGGUUUGUGGCUUGGGCUCUUUUCUCAAGAGUCAGGGCUUCAGUGUGUCUGUGGACCAGUGGAGCAGGAUGGAGCAGGUCAAGCUGGGGCCCCUUCCGUGGCUUCACUCCCAGCUGCUUCACGUGAAGAACCUGGGAGGCCGAGCGGUGCUCGUCCUGACUCGCAAAGCUUUGGGGCUGGCGAAUGAAUGGCAUCGGGAAGCACUCGAUGGAGGAGACGGGAACGCGCCUCAGUCUCCGUACUCGGAUGUGUUCAUGGCCUCGUUGUGCCUCAUCCUUGGGGACAAACAGCUAGGCAGGACUGGAGAACGUUUUCUUCUGGUCACAUUUGACCACGACGUGGUGCAGACCCCUGGCGGCUUGCCUGAGCUGUUUCACGGUCUUCAUCUGUUCCGGCUUCCCUCCCAGAUGAAAACUCUCUUGUGUGAGCUUGCCAGAGAAGGAAAAAGAAAGGCAGAAUGUAGAAAGACAAAAAAUGGUUGGAAAUGGGUAACCUUGGACCAUUGUUGGGAAAAUUCAUUUUCUACACAAACUAGUUCAAAAUGCAGUUCAGAAAUUUUAAAAUGAACUUGUUCAGUUCAUAGUUCAAUUUUAGCAACUAAGUUCAUUUUGUAGAUAUUAUGGUAUAAGAAUAAAAUGAUAACAUGGAGCCAUGUUAAGGAUUUAAUGAAGUGCGUUGACAGAAAGAAAGUCACUUUUAUUUGAUGAAUAUAAACAAGCUGGCCAACACUCAAUAGUAAUAUUCGGUUACAGCACAUACAAUAGCAAACCAGGGCACAGAGGACGACAGCAGUCCUCCUAGCUUUAAAAACAGGGAACACCACAGAGGAUCCAUGCUUCACUUUUCUUUUAUAGGUUCCUCCUUUAAUAAAUUGUUUUACAUGA